GUCAUGGCUUCUUUCCCAGUGAUGCUGUUUCUCACAACUCUGUUGCUGUCAUCUAUUCUCACUAAGGGAGAGAGAUUAUCUCUACCUCAAACUCUGACUCAGACACCGAAAGAAUCCACCACAUCUGCUGGUUACAAAGCAAACAUCAAGGCUGUUUUGGACAAGAUUGACUGCCAAGGUGAAGAAAAUAUUGUAGAAGCCUUGGAGAAGAUGCUCUGUGCCUCCCAUCAAGUUGAUACAUCAUUUGGAGACCUGGCCAAUGCUGAUAAAAACAUGUUAGACCUGUCUACAGUCUUGACUUCCCUGAGAACAUGUUGUGCUCACAAGCAACAAGUGGAGCCAGCAAACGUCAGUAGCAUGGCCCAUAAGCCUGAAGGGCCCGGAGUUGGGCACCAACAAGACGAUUCCAUCAACUUGCUGGACAGAUUCUUGGACUUAGUGGGCAAAGUCUUGGUUUCCCAUGGAAUUUAA